UCAAGUGGGCAGCUCUCGAGCCCGCCUGCCCGCCCACCGCGCGCCACUCCACACCGGGAGCAGCGCGUGAGGAUGAUGCCAGCCAGAGAUAGAUGGAUUGGCGAGGGAGGAAAAAAACAUGCACACAACUAGAGCAAAGAGGAGGCGGCUGAUAACAGAGUGAAACAGUGAGAGUUACGGAACAAAGGACAAAUAAAGAGGAAAGGGGAACGCCGGAAACCCGCUGCUGGCUGGUGUCUUUCUGGCUGCACCUCUGUCAGAGGCCCGUCCGGUGCCAGCUGAAGACAGUCGACCGAGGCAGAGCGCACAGGAACGGCCACUGGAGUGGAAAGCUCCGCUGAACGGACACCGCUGGAGCUCUUCUCUGUGACUGAAAUUCUGUGCGAGGACAGUGCAGCUCAUUCUUAUCACAAUCAAAGUGGAAGAGUCUGUGUCCUGUUAUAGACCGGUGGCCUGUUUUGUUGUCAAGUGAUGGAUUCCCCCACUGAUCUUUUCGAUGAGUCCUCUCCCCAGAUACACACAUUUGCCCCCCCUCUCUGCUCCACAGAUGUGUCUGGAGUUCAUCCUCAGCCAAGUGCAGGUCGCCCACCUCCGACCUUCAGACCCCCUGGCUUUCCCCUCAUCCACCACCUCCUCCAGCCAGGUGGAGCCCCCAGGAGGACUGGAGGGCAACUCCACACACAUAAUGCAAACCUCAGCAUGCACAGACAUCAGGAAGACAGAAAUGUGGAUGAAGAUGGAGGAGAGGGGGAUGCAGGGGUGGAGCAAGGGACGGAAGGAGGUGAGGAGGGAGUUAUGGAGGGAGAGGACAACUUGUUGGGGGUUAAGAAGAGGCACAGUGAUGCCGCCCUUGCGGCUGAGUGGAGUCAAGACGUCUUGAGAGUGAAGAGGAUGAAGCUUGAGAGUCGACGGAGAGAUGGAGAGACAGAGGAGGGAGGCAGGAAGCGUGAGGGAGGGAGGGAGGGGAGGAGACGAGAGAGAGAGGAGCUGAAAGAGCAGCUGGAGGAGGCAAGAGAGAGACUGCAGGCCCUGCAGGAGAAAGUAUGGAGGGCUUUUGGGGAAAAGCACAUGGCAGAGGAGGAGAAGAAAGGGAGGUGCAGAAAUGGAAACAGAGGAGGAGGAGAUGGGGGAGAAGGAGAUGUAGGGAUGAUAGAGGAUGAGGACAUUGCAGAAGGGAUGUAUGAUGAAGAGGACAUUGAUGGGGGAGAGAUGGAAAAGGAAUCUUUCUCCCUUCUCUCCACUUCCCCUUUUGACAACUUCCACAACCACAAACGAAGAGAAGAGCAGCAAAAAGACAGAGAAGGGAGGUUGGAGAGAGGGAGAGGAGGAGGGUUGCACUUGGAGGGCGUGAUGGAGGGAGUGGGGUUGUGGUUGGAUUGCGGCGGGCUGGUGAGAGGAGACUGGGAUGGAGGGAUAGAGGAUGAGGGCGAGGAGGGAGGGCAGAAGUUUGCCCAGGCGCUGAAGCUGGAGCUGGGCAGCGCUGUGGCCCGUGUCAUCGACCGUGUCCUCCGCCUUUACACGGAAACAUCAGAUUUCACUCCUUCCUCUCCUCCCGCCGCCAUCUCUUUCCUCCCGUCGGACACAGGAAACGACGGAGGGAGGGAGAGGGGGAUGUGGAUGGGACUAUUAACAAGAGGAAGAGGAGAGGAAAAGAUGAGAGGUAAGGAGGAGAAGAUGGGAGGGCCGGAUGGAGAAAGAGAGAAGCAGUUCCAGAAGAUGAGCAACGGAAGCGGCUUGCCUCCUGAACAGCCACACCGCGCUGAACAAUCAGAUCUGGCGAUGCCACUGGUUGUUCAAAGGUCACCUGACAUACGAAAGGCCCACUCACUCCUCGGCCCGCCUCUCUCUACUCACCUGAAUCCCUCUCACCCGAACUUCUCCCUGCAUCACCCCUCUCUGCCACGUCCUCCUCCUCUUUCUCACCCUCCCCUUUUACCGCCAGCUUCACAAUCCAAGGACCCCUCCGCUUCCUUCCACCCAUCCUCAUCCUCCUCUUCUUCCUCCUCAUCUUCCUUCCCUGCGCCUCCCCCUCCUCCUCCUCCCCCUCCCCCUCCACUCCCUCUCCCGCUCCUCCACUACUCCAUGCAGCAGCUCUUCUCCCGCUCUCUCCAUCACCCUCAGCUCCCCCACCUACCCCCGUCGCGCAAGGACUAUCUGAACUCCGACCCUUUCUUGGAGUUCUCGUCUCACCCCUCCUUCCCCCCGCUCCCCCUGCUUGGUCACCUGGACCCCUCCCUUGCACGCCACGCUCACGGAGGAAGAGAGAGGGAGAGGGGGAUGAGGGGAGAUGGUGGGAUGAGAGGAGGGGGAGGGAUGGACGGAGGAGAGCUCUACCUGACAGCUGGGGGAACCCAGGAGGGCUUGUCUCCCUGUCACUUGAAGAAAGCCAAGCUCAUGUUCUUCUACGCACGCUAUCCCAGCUCCAACACACUCAAGACGUACUUCCCUGAUGUCAAGUUCAACCGCUGUGUGACCUCCCAGAUGAUUAAAUGGUUCAGCAACUUCAGAGAGUUCUUCUACAUCCAGAUGGAGCGCUUUGCACGACAGGCUGUCCGCGAGGCUCUCAUCCGGGAUGGUGCACCUCGUCUGGGCAGAGAGAGUCAGCUGCGAGUGGGUCGAGACACAGAACUUUAUCGCAUACUGAACAUGCACUAUAAUAAAAGUAACGUCUACCAGGUCCCGGAGAGGUUCAUCGAGGUGUCAGAGGUGGCUCUGAGGGAGUUUUACUCUGCCAUUUGGACUGGGAGAGACAGCGACCCCUGCUGGAAGAAAGGAAUAUAUAAAAUCAUCUGUAAACUUGAUAGUCCUGUACCAGAUGCCUUCAGACUGCCCGGCUGUCCUGUCGGCUGACGUCAAACUGCUUUCAUCUGGUACAUGUACACAAAUGCAUGCACGCAUACAAUCUUACUGAAGAAAACAUACAAACAUAUACCAUUACAGACUGUGAGAAACUGGUCUGACGACAUCUGAUUCUACAAUUUGGUUGAUUCAUAAUUCAUCCACUUUCAAAAAAAAAAAGAUUAUUUAGGAAACUAAAAUAAUUUUGUUUGACAGUGUGCAGGGGAAGACAUGUACAGGCUCAAAUGGACACACACACACACACAUACAGGGUCAAUAGCAGACUGACACACUCAGUGCCAUGAUAAGAGUCUUGUGACUGCACUUAUCGAAGAACGUGACCCUACCGUUGAAUAAAAACGGACAGAGCAGAGACUUCUCUUUCGAAACAUUCUUCAGCAGUAUGUUGACUUGUGAAAUCACAGUGCUGCUACAGAGGUCUGAUAAAAAAAAUGGACUUGAAUGGACUGGUGUGUUGCCAUGGGAUACUUACCGUUUCAGAUGUGUCGUUUAAAUUCCACACAUCAAUCAUUCACAUGAAAAUAUAUACAUUCCCUGCUAGUCCUCAAUACUUACAAAUAAAGCCACACUAUGCAUUCAUUCAGUAAUCAAAUGGACUGCUGACAACUGUUUACUCAGCAUGAACGCUGCAAAAGCACGAAGCAAAUAAUGAACAUUCAGAUAGAGUCCAGAACCUGAUUACAUACCAAGUCUCUCGGGGGUUAUCUCUUUCUCUUUCCGCAGACAACAAUGCUCCAACACAGAGAGAUUACAACCAACUUUCCAUGCUUAAUGUAUUGUUCAUGUUUUAUCUAAUUUAUUUGCACAUCAAUGUAAAAAUACAUCAGUGUAAAAGAUGUAAUAUACAGUACACACACACAGCCCAGCCAGGUCAGGAGCCAAAUGGAAAAUCAGCUUCCUGAUGAACAAGAAAUAUUGCUGUGUAAUCAUUAAUGAUCUUGCACAAACAGCACCUUACAUUCACACCUAAAAAUUGAACGCUGCUCUCCGUCAGGGGUGCUCACAGUCAGACUUCUGCCUACGAAGAUUAAGACAGAAAAUCAAGUUGUAAUUGUGGUUUGCUAGCCCUUAAUUAAAAUGGACUCUUACGCUGCUUUGUGUGUGUGUGUAUGUGUGUGUGUGUGCUGCUCUGGAGGGUGAAAACAACCUUUUUUUUUUUUGUUAAGUACGCCUCACAGCUUUUACAGUUUAGACACAGUUAUUUCUGCAUAGCUGUGAGGAUGCUUUCCAAAUGUUUUCCCCCCCAAACAACACCGGGCUGUUUAAACUGUGUUUGAAUUCAUCAUACAUUGUUUUUUGUAUCCAUUACAGAAAUCGGGCUUGAAAAUGUUACGUUCAGUGCUAAUUAAUGUUACAUAAUGUAAUUUGUUACAGUAAAUUGUAGGAUUUGAAAAAAAAAAUGACGUUGCCCUUGUUUUAGAGAAACACCAGGACAGUGGUUUCAGUCAGUGGAUUUGUUUUGCUUGUAUAUCCAUUGUUCUGUUUAACAUUAAAUUAUUAUGGAGCUUUUUGUACAUGAUGGCACAAUGUAAUCGAAAUGUAAUUAAAAUGCUGUUAAGAGGGACACUAUAUUGAAUUUAAAAUAGUAAAAUUAAUGUUUGGUUGUUUCCUUGAUGUACUCUUGUUGAUGAAAUAUUUACUUAUGUUUUUGAUUUCCUUUAAUGUGAUGCUAAACUAAAUAGGCCGGUUGCACAAUUAGUGUAUAUCUACAUUUGUUUCCCAAACAUAUUGAAGCAACUUUCACUCUAAGCUGAUCAGGCCGGCAUUUAUCUAAAUCUGACAGUAUUUUAUCUGGAGGAAAGUUGGAUUUCUGCUCCAGAUAAGAUCUGCUCAGUCACAGCUGUGUCUGUGAAACCGAGCCCGUAAAGUAAACUAAUUGUGACGUGUUUUCAACUGCAUGUUUCCUAUAUUUGCAUUUUGUAUUGUAAUGGCUUAUGUUUCUCUCAUUGCUUUUAUUGGUCUCUCUUUUAUAUUGUACAUAUUGUAUUCUUUAGAUCCGUGCCUCAUUCAAACUUUGGUGAAUUUUGAUGUUUAAACUUAUCAGUGAAUUAAAGUGAUAACAGGCUUGA